AUGUUCGCUUUAUACCAAAAAGGAAAGAAUAAAUUAAAAGUUGAGUUUUGUUUGCUCCUUAUAUGCAUAUGCACUAUAUAUGCAUAUGCUGCCAAGAUCCCAGGAGGUCAACACCCUAUCCCCCGCCCCCUCCCCCUCUUCGAGUUAGGCUUUUCAAGACACACACCAUUUACUUCAAAUCCUCUCUGCAAACGUACGUCCACAAUCUUCACAUACUUUCAGGCUGUAAAAGCAUGGGUUGUCAAGGACAGGUCAAAGUUUAUGCAGAUUGCCCAUACUAGGAGCGGUCUAGAAGCCAAGAAGUUGGGUAACGCCAUCAAAGAUUUGCCCGUUGCCAGAUGGGACCAGAUCUCUAGACAUGUCAUGGCUGACGCACUCUAUUUCAAGUUUAACCAUAAUGCGGAUAUUAGAAAUGAGCUCAUAUCUACUGGCAGUAAAGUUUUGAUAGAAGCUAGAGAUGAUCGAGUUUGGGCAUCGGGUAUAAAGACUGUCAAAGCUACCGCCAAGACACCUAUAUCAGAAUGGCAAGGUCAGAACAAGUUGGGUGAAGAAUUGAUGAGACUGAGACACUUUUUCAGAGGAUUGGAUCAAGCUAAGGCCGGUGGAAAUUGUAAGACUUUUUUGUACUUUAACAAUGGAUUUUAA